UGUGGCCGUUGUGAAAUCCGCAUCUUCUUGCCUUCACCAUCUGCCUUCUCUCACCCUCUGUCUCUCUCUGCUACUCUCGCACAGAGAUGGCCGCUCUCUCAUUUACAAAUCCCACAUUUCACUCGCGCGUCGGGCACCACCGCGCUCUCUCUGGAACUGCUUCAUGCGGGAGGGCUCUCUUAUUACCGUGUGAAGGUGGAAGAGGCGUCCAACUGAAGCAGUCAGGUAGCUUUUACGGCCGCCAUGCACAUUUGCUCCCCACCGUCCGAUCAUCGUCCGGAGAUAUAAUCGGGUCUGACGGCUACGGUGAGCCAAUCUCCUUGGGAACGAUGAAGCUGCCGUCCGACGUCGAUUUGCAAAGGUUCGAGAGGCUGCUCUUUCAGUGGGCGAAUAGCCUUUGCCAAGGAGCAAAUCUCCCUCUACCAGAACCUUUGAAGAUAGACAAGGUACAAGGUGGAGUUAGGUUGGGUUUCAUCAGGAUUAGAGAUGGCAAGACGGAAGAAUACACUUACAUAGACUGUUUAGUUUUUCCUGCAACUGAUGAUUCUGGUCCAGUUUUCCGAGCACUCAGGAAUGGAGCCUUCAAAGAACAAGCACCUGCUGGUGAGCCAAGGAUAAUGAAAAGUCUCUUAGCGGCUCUUCAAAAAUCGGUGGAGAUUGCUAGGAUUCAAGGAUGACAAUGUGAAUGCACUGUAAAGAAGCACUAGUUCUCAUAUUCCCACUUCGGCAUGCACUGUUGCAAGAUAAAUAUUCCUUUGCUUUGUAUACUUAAAUUUUUAGCAUGAUGUAUUUGAUCGUGAAACAUCCCCAAAACAAGCGAAGUCAUGACCUCAGAGUAUUCUUUCAGGUUAACAUUUUCUGCAAUUCUCUCA